UUUUCUUAUGUCUCUCUCAAUCUCUCGUUCUCCCUCUCUUACUCCUCUGUCUCUCCCAAAAAAUAUUUCUCCCUCUAAAUCUUUUUCUCCCUCUUUCUCUCCAUCUCUCUUUCUCAAUCUCUCUCUCAAUCCGUUAAUUAUCAGUUCAGCUCAAUGCUUUUGGGCUUCAACCCUUUUUAGCAGGUAGUUCCUAUGUUUCUGUGUUGUCAGCUAUUUUCAAAUAUGUUUUCAAAUAUUUCAGCUUUAAAACAUUUCAACGCAUUUUCAGCAGGAAAUGCAUUUUCUAGUUAUUUGUUCUCUUCCCACCAGGAUUCUUCUGCUUGCCGGUGGGUACAAUGGUGGACUAUAAUGUGACCGUAUCCACUGCCAAUCUCACCACUGCCGGCACCUUUAGCGGUGUCUACAUUAAGCUGGUGGGCACAGAUGGGGAGAGCGAACGCAAAUGGCUCAUUAGCAUCAAAUGGGCUCUUUCGUUCAUCAGAGGAGCAGUGUCCAGUUUCACCGUGUCCUGCCCUGUCUCCAUUGGAAAGCUAGUCCUAAUAGAGAUAGAGAAACCGCCUUUCCUUCUCUUCUUUGAAGACUCUUGGUUCCCUGCCAAGGUGGAAGUGAAUUCUCCUGAGGGUGACACCUACAACUUUCCCAUCUACCGCUGGAUCACUGACAAUGAGGUGCACCGCUUUAGAGAGGCAAAAGCUCUGAGAGUCUUUGAAGACAGCCAUCCUCUUGGCAGGUACAGUCGGGAGCAGGAGCUGAAGCAAAGAGAGGAAGACUAUCGUUGGGAUGUGUAUCAGGAGGGAAUACCUCACUGCAUCAAGGCAGAAAGCCUUUCUCUGCCUGAUGAGGUCCGCUUCUCCUUCACAAAGACCACAGAGUUGCUCUACACAGUGUCCGCCGGGGUGGCUGAGCUGCAACUGAAGGGACUUUCUGAUUCCAAGGAGAACUGGUCUGAUAUUGAAGCUAUCGAUCAGGUGUUCUGGUGCAAACAUACUGACAUAUCAGACUAUGUCCGUGAUCAUUGGAAGGAGGACGCUUUCUUUGGCUACCAGUUUCUAAACGGUGUGAACCCCAUGUUGAUCCAACGCUGCACAACCCUGCCCAAUACCUUUCCUGUCAGUGAUGACAUGGUCUCCCUCAGUGGUCAGUGUAGCUUGGCAGAUGAAAUGAAGAGCGGCAACAUAUUCCUGUGUGACUACAAGCGUUUGGAUGGUCUGAAAUCAAACAUCAUCAACGAGAAGAAGCAGUACUUGAUGGCUCCCCUGGUCUUGCUUCACAAAACACCUGAUGAUAAGCUGAUGCCAAUUGCUAUUCAGCUGAAGCAGACUCCAGCAGAUGAUAAUCCCAUCUUCUUUUCUACUGACUCUGAGUACGACUGGUUGAUGGCCAAGAUUUUUGUGAGAAGUGCAGAUUUCAACGAGCAUCAACUGAAUGUUCAUCUGCUGCGCACUCAUUUGCUGGCGGAAGUUUUUGCAGUGUCACUGCUGCGCAACGUGCCCAUGGUGCAUCCGCUGCACAAGCUCCUCGUACCUCACACUCGCUACACUCUACAGAUCAACUACUUAGCUCGAGCUAAACUAAUAUCUGACGAUGGAUUUUUUACAGAGUAUGCAAGUGUUGGUGAGGGUACGAGGACACUUUUAAAGAGAUCCCUGGCCUCAGUGACUUACAGCUCCCUCUGCAUACCUGACGACAUUGUUGCGCGUGGGCUGGAGGACGUUCCGAACUACUACUACAGAGACGAUGGACUCAAGCUUUGGGAUAUCAUCCACAGGUUUGUGCAGGGAGUGCUGAGCUUCUACUACAAGAAUGACGCUGAGGUCCAGAAAGACUCCGAACUGCAGAAGUGGAUUUCAGAUAUUUUUGAACAUGGAUUCCUUUCCCAAGAAAGCACAGGAAUUCCCCAGAGCUUUACCACGGUGGUGGAGUUGGUCAAGUUUGUCACCAUGACGAUCUUCACUUGCUCAGGACAGCACUCGGCUGUGAACACUGGACAGUAUGAUUAUGGUGGCUGGAUGCCCAACACUCCCAUCUCCCUACAACGUCCUCCACCAACCACAAAGGGGACAACAAGUGAGGCCACGAUGCUGCAGACAUUCCCUGAUGUCAAAACCACGGUUAUGGGAUUGUCUGUAUUGUGGCUACUCAGCAAGAGGUCCACUGACUUUGUCCCUCUCGGUCAGUACCCAAAGGACCAUUUUAGUGAGAAGAUUCCCUGCAAGCUGAUUGAGGAUUUCCAAGGAGAGCUUCAAGAGUCCAGUGCGGCCAUCAAAGCCAGAAAUGAAAAUCUGGAGAUCCCAUACACAUACCUGGAUCCAAAAGAGCUAGAAAAUAGUGUGGCCAUUUGAAUAUCAGAAGCUCUUUUGGAAAGCUGGUGCCGAUUGAGAUAAGUCUCUUCCACUGUUCCCAGAAGACACUGGGUUUCCUUGCAAUGUGAAAGUAAAGUCCCCGGAGGGAGUCAUCGACAACUUUCCCAGCUGCUGUAUCGUUAACAGCGAGGUGUGACUCUGUUUAAUCGUUAAAGAUUUUGUGGAACCUUUUCUCAUUUCUGUCCAACAUUUAUACAAGGUUCUCUGUCAAAUAAAGGCAAAAGUGUGUUA